AUGGUCGUCCACGUACGCGGUUGUAAUUUCAGCACCACAGACAGCUCCCUCUCCAGCUCCAGCCUCGGCACAGACGCCACUCUGCGGGACACCCCGGGGUCCCAGAGCCCCGGCGGGCUGAGCCGGACCGGCCACACGGUGGUGGCAGUAUGCCUCGGCUUCAUUUUAGUGGCGGGAAUCCUCAACAACCUGCUCGCUCUGCUCGUUUUCGCAAAGUUUCGCUCUCUCUGGACGCCCAUCAAUCUCAUCCUGUUGAACAUCAGUCUGAGCGACAUCCUCGUUUGCGUUUUCGGGACACCCUUCAGUUUUGCUGCGAGUCUCCACGGGAGGUGGCUCAUUGGAGAGCACGGCUGCAAGUGGUACGGGUUCGCCAAUUCCCUCUUUGGGAUUGUGUCCCUGGUGUCCCUGUCUGUUCUCUCCUACGAGCGCUACACCACCGUCCUGCGGUCCUCCCAGGUUGACAUGUCAGACUACAGGAAAGCCUGGUUCUGUGUUGGAGGUUCCUGGCUCUACUCUCUCCUCUGGACACUGCCUCCCCUCCUGGGAUGGAGCAGUUACGGGCCAGAGGGACCCGGUACCACAUGCUCCGUCCAGUGGCACCUCCGCUCUCCUACCAGCGUGUCAUAUGUGCUGUGUCUCUUUAUCUUCUGUCUGCUGCUCCCCCUUCUACUCAUGGUCUACUCUUAUGGCCGAAUCCUGGUUGCAAUCAGGAGGGUGGGUAAGAUCAAUCUGCUGGCAGCUCAGCGUAGGGAGCAGCACAUUUUAGUGAUGGUUUUGUCCAUGGUGUCCUGCUACAUGCUGUGCUGGAUGCCCUAUGGCAUCAUGGCCCUGAUAGCUACCUUUGGUAGACUGGGACUGGUCACUCCCAUGGCUAGUGUGGUGCCCUCAGUCCUGGCCAAGUUCAGCACUGUCAUCAACCCCGUCAUCUACAUGUUCUUCAACAACCAGUUUUAUAGAUGCUUAGUGGCCUUGAUGAAGUGCAGUGGGGAACCCCCGUCUGUUGAAGGAGAGGAGCACCCAACCCCAAGGACUCUGCAUUCAGGUUUCUUCCCUGUACACAGACAAGCCUCUCUCAGCUCUGCGAAGCCUCAAAUCCACAGCAGCUCUAGAAACACUGCCCUCUGCAGCCGACACAAUGAACAUCCCACACUUCUUGUCCACUACACUCCGUAA